CGACUCAAAAUUCAUAACAAUUUUCAACCCAACAAGUGUGGUAAGAUGAGUUUUGUGGGGGAAGCUGAUGAUUGGAUAAGUGAGUUGCCUGAUGAGAUUCUGGUUCAUAUAUUGUCUUUGCUAUCGCUCAAGGAAGCAGCACGCACUAGUGUUCUUUCGUCUCGUUGGAUCAACUUGUGGAAACACACCCCCUCUCUCUGCUUUGAUGCUCAACAAAGUUUAAUAGACAAGCUUUAUCUUGACGUCGAGUUACUCGAGAGUGAGAGACUCAAGUACGUGAAAUGGGUGAACUCCGUUAUUCAAUCACACAUAUCACCCGCCUUAAAAGAGUUCAAAAUCCGUUUUAAUCUAAACAAAUCAUCAUCAAAAGCAAUCACUCAGUGGCUUGAAUUUGCAUUCUCCAGAAAAGUUGAGAGGUUGGAGUUGGACAUUAAAACUCGUCACGGUUCGUCUAAAUAUUAUUGUUUCCCCGACGAGUUUCUUACCCUAACCAAUUUCAGACCACCACCUAAUUUCCAACCCGCUUCACACAGUAUGCUUGUAGCUGCCGGCUUUAAGUCCCUCAAAGCAUUAGUUUUCAAAUUUGUUCGUGUGAGUGGUGGAGCUAUCGAGUUCUUGUUACAUAACUGCCCGUUACUCGAACAAUUGAUUGUCCAUGAAUCAAACAAAUUAUCAAAGCUUCAAGUCUGUGGUUCAUCCCUCAAGUUAAAACACUUGGAGAUAGUCCAUUGUUGCCCGGGUUUGGAAUCACUUAAAGUUUCUGCGCCAAAGCUUACUACACUUAUUGUUACGACUGUAACGGGACUUUUGCUUGAGAAUGUUCCGAUGCUAGUUAACGUAUCUGUCAGGUGUGACCCUGACAGUAUUUCAAUAAAACGUUUAUUCGAUGUUGUACUGUCUCGCUGCAUUUCUCAUAUGCACACUCUUUACUUGGGGCAAUACAGCUGUGGUUUUUUACGAGGAGAAAUGGACGAGAUUUGCGACCUUCCUAAAAUGCCCAAUCUGAAGAAGUUGGUCAUCGAAUAUUGUGGAAGAGGUCAUGAAAGUCUUAUUAGGUUGGCUGCUUUGAUAAGGGCAUCUCCGUACUUGGAGGAAUUUGUUUUACAGUUUAAUUGGUCUACACUACCGAGGGAAGAUAGACAAAUCGAGGGUGCCGUAGCAAAUUCUCCCCACCAUCACCUUAAAAUCUUCAAGUUUUGUAGCUAUUAUGGCAGCGCGAAUGAUGUUGAAUUACUCAGCUACAUUUUGGAGAAUUGCAUCGUUCUUGAGAAAAUAAUAAUUGAUCCCGAUUUUGUAUGGUUCCGUGACAAAUUAGAGGUGGAAGAAACUGCAAGGUUGAACGUAAAGCAGAAGCUUGCACCACAAGUACCUCGACAUAUUGAAUUGGUUGUUCUAUAACUUAAAACCAUAGGAUGUAUUCCAGUAUUCAAUUAUCUGUUUUUUUUUUAUUUAUGAUUUCAAAUUAAUACUAUCGAGUUAUUUUCUUGACUUUGUCUCCGUCGAUUUACAUGUAACGUAAUGGAUUUGUCUCCAUCGAUUAUCACCUUAUGACCAUUUUUUUCGAUUCAAGAGUUGAGUUUUUCGGGAAGCUAUCUUCAUGACAUGCAUUUUACCUGUCGAAUAGUCACCGAAAGGGAUUUUUACGGAUUGGAGAGCUUAUGUCAGACAAACCCCACAAAGUUGUUUGAUCAUCUUGUCAAAAACUAUGGAUUCUGAAAAGGGCCCGGAGCUUCUAGAACCUUUGACCGGUCUCGGCUUUCGUGUUCGUGCAAUAACUCCUGAUUUG